AUGGAAACUGCUAACAGUUUAACACUGCAUGCAUCAACGGCCACUGUCCAAAUGUUAAAGUUACAAGAUGAAAUUAACAAAUACAAAAAUGACCUUAUCCGCUUUAAGAAACAAAAACUGGAAAAGGUGAAUAAUGAUUACAAGUACCAUCAGGUAUACAGAUGGUUGGGGGGAGCACAAGAUAAUUACAGACCGUAUAGCAAGUUGAGGACAAAAAUACGAAAACCAAUAUUCCAGACAAUUGAUGCCAGCUCAGGAGACUCCACUUCUGACCUUGAAACAAGCGAAGAUUUAAAGAGACAGACAUCAGAUCCUUUUUUAGAAAAGGACAGAUACUCAGACGAACCACCAGGGACAUCACGCAUCAAUACUCGAGGCAUAAAAAAAGCCGACCUACGCGGCGAGGACAGAGGCACUGUCAAAAAUACAAAUCUCACUUCAAAACCACCCAGAAUGAGGAGAUGA